AACGGGAAAAUCGUGGAGCAAAACGUUUGGAAAUUUAUGUGUAUAGGGUGUAAAAGAGCGCCUGGCGGGAUAAAAUGAACGUCACAGAAGCCCGUGGGUAUAUCGCAGUCGAACUCAAUGAAUAUUCCACCGUUGGGAAAUUGGUCGACAGCUUCGAGCAAGACGAUGAAGGAAUAGAAUGCCCGAUUGAGAUAUCCCUGGAACACGCGGUACAGGACUGCGAGCAGACGACGCCAGAAGCGGUGUCAAUGAGCGCCUCUCUGUGCGACUCUGGUUUCGCCGAGUCGAUUGCCGGCUGCAUCGAGCUCCAGUGCUUAGAGUGCGUGUGGGAAUGGUCCGCUUCAAAGGAGUCCAGCGACAGUCGCGCCAAGUGCACGUGCACUAACAACGAGCAUGACGGCUUCGAGGAAUACGUCCACGAGAUUUUCAUGCACCGGCUGAAGCUCGAGUCAAAGUACCACGUGCUGGCUUGUCUGGAAAAUCAACCGGAGAUCAGCAUUGUCGUCCGGAAGACAGUGAUCGAGUGGCUGACCUCCGCGCACCACGACCUGAAGCUGUGCCAGGACACGCUCUACCUGGCCGUCCAUGUGUUCGACCGCGUGCUCGAUGUCAUGCAAGUAUCGCGUGACUGCCUCGAGCUGCUCGCGAUUACGUGCCUCCUCGUGGCCAGCAAACAGAACGAGAUAUGUCCACCUGAAAUCCACGAGCUUUUGGAGAAAUGCCACGAUGUAUUCACAAGGGAACAGGUGAAGCAGCUAGAAAUGAUCGUGCUGAUGGCGACCAGUUUCGACCUGCUGGCUCCCACUGUCCAGCAGUUCCUGGAGUACUUCGCCGCCGCGUGCCUCCAAGGUUGCCUAGGCGACGAAGAGCAAACCAUGCGGCUCAAGAUGGCCAGAGCUGUAAGCCGCUGCGUGCUCGAGCUCUCCCUGCCCGACUACCGGCUGUGCCAGUUUCGUCCGUCCGUGCUGGCUCUCUGCGUAUUGGCGGCGGCGGUUGAGUACUUGAAGACACACCUCGACCUGGCGGACCUGCGGCAGACGAUCGGCGCUGAAGCGGAAGAGUUCAACCGGUGCCUGAGCAAGGUGCGCAGUUUCAUUGACAAUUUCCGGCAGACGUGCCCGGACAUGACCGCUCUUUGUGAAAAAUACGCCGGUAUUUACGGGUCCAAGUAGGCAAGAAUAGUGCUCAGCCAUUCCAUCAUUUGAGUGUGCUGUCUUUUUGUGUUGAUUUUCCUUAACGCAUUUGCUAGUAUUUAAACAAUGUGUAUUUUGAAAACAAGUCGCGGAGGAAUGAGGACCAUGUAACUUCAAUGUUGAAGUGAUGUAUUUUCAAUGAAUUGCGUGUUCAUUUGUAUCAUUUUUAAUACAAAAACAAAUUUGAAAAUACUUUCUUCCAAGUUUUGAAUUAAGAAUAUUUAUCGAUAAAAACAUAGUAGAUUUUAAUGCCCCUGGUAGGGUGGCAUAUAGCAGUUGAACUGUCCGUCAGUCAGUGAGUCUGUCCGUCCGUCCGGAAAAAAAACUUACGUUGGCCAUAACUUUUAAAAUAUUGAAGAUAGCACCUUGCUAUUGUGCAUGCAUGUGUAUCUCAUGGAGCUGCACAUUUUGAGUGGUAAAAUUUCAAGGUCAACAUCAUCCUUUUAAGGUCUAGAGUCGAAAAAAACAAAGUUAAGGGAAGUAAUAAGCUUUAAAUGGACAUAGUUAUCUGACCUGCCCACGUAUAUAUUUUUUUUAAAUAAAUCAAAGCGGCAAAGUAUGCGGCAUUGUGUUUCUGACAAACACAUUGUGGUAAAAGGUCAAGGUCAAUGUAAUCCUUUACGGUCUAUGGUAAAAAAUACAGAUUUAAGGAAAGUAAUAAGCUUUAAAAAGGGAGAAAACUAUUUAAUAUUGAACAUAGCCACUUUAUAUAUUUGGCAUGCAUGUGUAUCUCAUGGAGCUGCACAUUUUGAGUGGUGAGUCUGCAGUCACGGUAGUGGCUUUUAAUUAUUUGCUACUAAAAAUAGACAUUUGUUACAGACAUUUUUAAUUAUUUGCUACUAAAAAUAGACAUUUGUUACAGACAAUUAUUUUCAAGGGAAGUAAUUUAUAUAAUUAUAAAUCUCAUAUUAUAUAUGUCCUUACCAAGAAUUGAAGUUCUUUUCACAGUAACUGUACAGAUUUAUUAUUUUUAUUAUUUAUAACCCAAAUGGUUGAUUUGUCAAAGUAUUUUUUAAAUGAUAUAAUUAUAAUUUCUUUGAUGGUCAUUACAUACCUGUGCACUUAUGUCCAUAGAAAUAUGAUCAACUCUGGCUAUGAUUUUAUGAAAAAGAAAAAAAACACUCUGGCUAUGAUCUGUUUUAAACCACAGGUCUUGGUUGCUAGUGAUGUCUGACAUGGUCAUAAUUGACUGUGAGACCCUCCCACCCCCACCCCUCACCCCUCAGUUGGAUUAGACAAAAUUCAAGGGAAGUAAUAAACUUUAUAGGGAUAUGAUUUCUAAACCUGCCAAAUGAUAAAUAGAAAUUUUAUUUCAAUGCGGCGCAGUAUGGGGCAUUGUGUUUCUGACAAACACAUCUCUUGUUGUAAUUGUAUUUCUGCCCAUUGUAUCCAUAUUUAGUUUAUAGAUCUACAUCCGUUUUUAAACCAUAUAAAAGUAAACAGCCUAUAAACCGCUUUGGAAAACAUUCGUGACGGUGCGAUUAAUUUUGAUCCCUAUAUGUUUUACUUAAUCACCGUAAAGCUGAAGACUAUAAUGACUUGCUUGAUGCCUGUCAUUUUUUGCUGCAAUCUAUAUGAUACAAUUUCUAUGCAUACUUUGUUAUUUGUGUAUGUGUGUUUUUUGUUAGAAUUGUUUACAAACAAGUUUGUGUUGAUGCGUUUACAUUGCAUUUAUUGAAAGUAACAAGAAAAUAUUUAAUUGAUGAAUCCGUACUUUUCACAAGGGAGACGUUCUUGAUAGACUCGAUAAGAAAUAAAUGUAUAAGUAAUUCCUGUAUUAUCCUGGUAAGGUACAUUACUUUACCAUUAAAUUGAAAUAUAUGCAGAUUAAGAGAAACAUAUGCUUUAUAUGCAUCUUAUGGGGAAAUUUAUCAAUCCAUGCGCAUCGUAGGGGAAAUUAAUCACUUCAUGCUUAUUCCGAACAAAAGUGCUAAACUCCAUUAAGUAUACGAGCAUCCUUUUGAUCAUUGUAUGAAAAACUGUUUGGAAAAAUACAACUGGUAAAUAACUGCCGAUAUCUGAUGUGGCAUAUUCAACCUAUUAACGUUCGAUGUAAAUUCUUGUAUGUGACUGUUUCACAAUAGCCGACUAUUUCACCUAAAGUGUUGACUGUCUUCAUAUAUUCAGAGCACCUUUAGUGUGAUGGCCAGUAAUCAUUAUUAUGUGUUCAGUUUUUUAUUGUUAGUUUUCUUUAUUCAAAAUUCUAUUCGAAACUUCCUAUUAACCAUUUAUUUGUCGACAUCUGAUAUUUUUUGUAGACUAGCACUGAUAGUGCGCGAUUGUGUAAUGUGUGCUAUUUCUAAGUUAUGUGCUAUUGCUUAAUACUUGAGUCGAUAUUGCUGGCAAACUGUACUGUUAAUUUGAGUAAAAUGAUUGAAUAAGGA